UAUCUUCAGUUAUUGCAUAGAGAGUGUAGACUAGACGCACACGUAUAUAACUCUCCACCUGAGUUUGAAUGUGCCAGUCGGACGAUCAGAUAGAUUCAUAUAUUUGAUAUUCUUCAGACAGAUGAAAAUAAUCAAUAAAUGAUAAAAUGAUGCUCGCAAUCUUGUUAGGUUUAAUUUCAAUUAUAUUUUUGUUCCACUGUUAUUUCAAAUAUCGAAGAGUUGGAAGACUUCUCAGUUUAAUUCCAGGACCAAAAGGCUAUCCAAUAUUUGGAAAUAUUCAUCAUUAUCAGAUUCAUCAUGAUCUUGUACUUGAGAAAUUUUGGGAACUUAAUAAUCAAUAUUCUCCAGUUCAAAAAAUAUGGUCCUGUGUGUAUUAUGCAGUAAAUUUAGCAGAUCCAGAAGAUAUUCAGGUACUAUUGACGAGCAAUAAAUAUAUUGAAAAAGGACUGUUUUACAAACAUCUUCGGCACUGGCUUUCUACUGGACUACUACUUAGCGGCGGCCAAAAAUGGCACUUACGACGGAAGAUGUUAACACCUGCAUUUCACUUCAAUGUUCUUAAACAUUACUUUACUAACUUAAUUGAGGAAUCACAAAAUCUGGUCGAAUGUCUUAAACAGGAAGGAGAUGGAAAUCCGGUUGUCAAAAAUUUAAAAAGUUUUAUCAGCAAAUACACUCUCAACGCAAUAUGCAAAACAGCAAUGGGUAUCCAAUUGACAGGAAAUAGCAAACUGGAAUCCAAAUAUCUUAAUGCCGUUCAUGUUUAUGGCAGCAUUGUUGCAUAUAGAUCUUUUAGACCUUGGUACUUGUUUGAUGCUAUAUUUGCAUUUUCAUCACUUGCAAAAGUUGAAAAAGAAACAUUGAAAACAUUGCAUAGUUUUUCGAGAAAUAUAAUUGCAGAAAGAAAACGUUUUCACAAACAAACUAAUGGAGAAUAUUUGAAAAUUUUGGAAAAUAUAGAAAAGGAUGACCUUUCUAAUGAAAAUCCGGAGAAGAGCGGUGAGUAUUUGCAAAUGAAGAAUAGGCUUUCUAUGUUAGAUCUGCUUAUAGCUGCAUCUUGGAAUGAUAAGCUCAUAGAUGAGGAAGGUAUUCGAGAAGAAGUUGAUACUUUCAUCUUUGAAGGCCACGAUACUACCGCAAGUGCACUGACCUUUGCUUUGAGUCUUUUUGCAAAACACAAAGAUGUCCAGGAAAAUAUAAGAGAUGAGGUAAAAACGAUAAUGCAGGAAGAUAAUAAUAUAACAAUAGCGUCGCUUAAAAAACUUUCAUAUUUGGAGAGAUGUUUAAAAGAAUCGCUUCGUUUGUAUCCAAGUGUCCAUUUAAUAUCUCGACAAAUGCCUCACGAAAUACAGCUAAAACAAUAUUUAAUUCCAUCUGGUACGAUAUGUAUCAUAAACAUUCACAAUGUGCACAGAAAUCCAAAAUAUUGGCCAAAUCCAAAUGUUUUCGAUCCGGAUAGAUUUUUACCAGAAAAUAUUAAAGAACGUCAUCCCUAUUCCUACAUACCAUUUAGUGCUGGCCCGAGAAACUGUAUUGGUCAAAAAUUUGCAAUGCAUGAGCUUAAACUCUUUGUAGGUUUUAUAUUGUACAAUUUUGAGUUAGAACCGAUGGAUGAACUAGAUGAUGUUACAUUUAUUUCAGAUAUCACUUUGAACACGUCUAAACCACUUCGAGUCAAAUUUAUACCUAUAAGAUAAGCAUUUUUACAAAUAUUAGGCUUUAAAAACAAAAAAAAAAAGAAGAAAGAAAUAAAAAUGCAGCUGUAGAAAAUUUUUCUACAAUCUGUUAUUAUUGUUCGAGAAACAAAUGUGUCUAAAGUCUAAAUAAAUAGUCAAAAGAUUUAAAACUUUAAAUCGAUAAUAAUUUGUCCUUAUUAUCUCGUGUUUAACAAUAAACUGUUCGAUGCUCUCUCAACGUUCGUUUUCGUUUAUUAGUGGAAGAAGAAUUUAACGAAGCGAAUUUGAUGGAAAUGGUAUCCGAAACUGUAAAUCAAAUUGAUCCUGAGGACACUAGCACUGAUGACGAUUGAGCAGUUUAUAAGUUAACAUUAAAAAAAUUACAACAAGGCCUAUGCUUAGCUAAAAAUCUCGAGUCAUUUUUCUUGAAUUCGGAUCCUUCCAAAAAAAGGAGUCGAAAAUUCAAAAGGGAGCAUCAAAACUGUCUAGCUCUAUACCGAGAAAUUUACAAUUACUUGAUAAGAAACAACAAGCAAAGUUUUUUAUCUCAUUUAGUAUCGUGGCCGUUGCAUCGCCGCGCUGCAUCGCCGCGCUGCAUCGCCGCGCUGCAUCGCUGCCGUGUUUGUUACUAUUGUUGCAUAUGUGUUCGAAGAGUUAAGAAU